UCAUUAUCGUCCAUAUGGCAUUCAGGACUUGUACAUUACGUUGCAAAGAUUCUCUAUUGCAUAUGGUAGAAGCAAGCACUCAGUUACAAGAAAAACUAUCAGUUAGCGGUUUCCUUGUGUUGCAGAGUUUUUCAAAGCAGCAUCUUCCGAUGUAUACUCCAAGUUGUCGAUUGAGUUCUUCUUCCAAUGGCAAAGAGAGCCAGGUGAAAACAACCCCGAUACUAAAGAACUCCCUUUUUCGACAAAACUUCAUCCCAAAGGAACAGCAACAACUGAAUACCAAAGCACAGUUACGAGUGUUGAGAAUGGAUAGAGUUCCUUUGAGUGCCAAUCAUAGUGAUAUUGAGUUGCUUUGUACUUUAGUGGAGCCUCAUAAACCUCAGUGGUUGUGUAGGCUCAUGUUGGAUAGAGUAAGUCCCUAUGCCACUUGGUGUGUCGUCUUUGAAACAGAAGAAGCUGCUUUGGAAGCUGAGAAAGUAAUAUCCACCCAGUCGAUUGCAGGAAGUGCGCUACAUUGUUUCCGUAUCAGCACCGCAGCUGUAGAAAAGGCAGUCGCUUCUACAGCCUUUUCUAUGGAAGAGAGACCUCGAGUUGUUAUUCUAUCUAAUUUACCUUAUCCACUUUCUGAAUAUCAUAUUCUGCAGCUAUUUCGUGACUAUCAGGUUGAAAGGUUGAUUUCCUCUCGAGUACCAUCGAUGGCUUAUUUGGUUUUUGCUUCAUUUGAUGAAGCUUGUAGGGCUUGUAGAGAAAAGCAAAAUGAAUAUCUAGGAUGGAAGAAGAUUCGUCUAACUCCAGUUGUAUAAUAAAGAAGAAGAAGAUGUUAGAAAUUGGAUUUCAAAGGCAUAUAUAUAUAUAUAAACAAUUAUCCAUCCAGCAUAUGUUAUUCAUGGAACGGAUACGAUGUUAUGAAGAAGAAAAUAAUGAUAGAGACAAAGACAUAUCUUUACAUAAUAGACAGUCAGUAGAAAACACAACGUUACCAAGUGCAAAAAGUAUACUUUUAAGAGAUAACCUUACUGAGCCAACUGGCAAACUUGGACUGUUUCCUACUUUGGUUUUUGUAGGGUUAACCCAAGAAACUUGUGUUGAGUUGGCUGACUUUGGUAAUCAGCUAUGCAAACAGAGUCAAAUGUUGUUUGAGAGGGAAGAAGAUGUUUGGAAACUAUCAUUUACUUUUGAGCAAGUGAAACAGCUGAAUAGAACCACAAUACCCCAUCCGAACGCACUGCCAGCUCAUAUUAGCCUCAGUAGAACUGUAUUCUUGGGAGAUGUAUAUAUGGAGAGUUUCAUACAAACACUGAAAAGGGUUACUAGAAUAGACUAUUUUCAGUUGAAAGAUAGAGUGCAACGACUAGAGCUUUUUCAAAAUGAUGAGAAUAAUAGUUCAUUCAUAGGUUUCCUACUCGAAGACGGCAAGGACUUGGUACAGGAUUGGAUAGGACAAGUGGAUAAAGUGAUGCAGAUGUUC